AUGGAACUUCUUGCAACAAUCUUGAUUUUGUGCUUGGUAAGCUGCGGAACAGCUACUUCAGCCACCCGUUAUAGUCUUUCCAAUGAUAUCGUUGAUGUGACCAAAUUUGGAGCUAUUGGAGAUGGAAAAACAGAUAAUUCACAGGCAUUUAUAAAAGCAUGGAAAGCCGUCUGUCUAGCAACAACAAAUCCAACCUUAACCAUACCAAAAGGAAAAAAUUUCCAGUUGAAACCAGUUGAGUUCAAUGGACCAUGCAAAUCCUCCACAAUUACUAUCCAGGUUGAUGGAAAUAUUGUCGGGCCUAGUAGCCUUCGAGAGUGGGGAAGCCGUCAGCUAGACACAUGGCUUAAGCUUUCACAUGUGAAUGGACUAGUCAUCAAAGGAAGUGGUCAAAUUGAUGGCCGAGGUGAAUUUUGGUGGAGAGCAGCUAACAAACUCCCUCGAAGACCCGUUGCACUGACAUUCGUCGACUGCAAAAAUCUUCGACUCAGCGGAUUGACACAUAUCAAUAGUCCAGGUGCUCAUAUUUCUGUAGUUGGUGGUGAUGGUUCAGUCCUAUCUAAUCUCAAUAUAACUGCCCCUGGUUCAAGCCCUAACACAGAUGGGAUUGAUCUUAGCCACUCAACCAACGUUCAAAUUCUUGGCUCCAACAUUGCAACUGGUGAUGAUUGUAUUUGCAUUAGUACUAAUUCAUCAUUCAUUAACAUAACUAAUGUGGCAUGCGGACCAGGCCAUGGGAUAAGUAUUGGAAGCUUGGGAAAAGACGGAUCUACAGACAUUGUGGAAGAAGUACACGUCAAGGAUGUUAGCUUCAAACCUGGAGCAACUAGUGGAUUAAGAAUUAAAACAUGGCAGGGAGGUCAUGGGUAUGCCAGGAAGAUUUCCUAUGAUGGAGUUACACUGGAGGGAGCUAGCAACCCUAUUAUCAUUGACCAGUUUUAUUGUGAUCGACAUCCACCAGUGUGCAAAAAUGAGACAUCAGCAGUUCAAAUUAGCGAUAUUACUUAUACUAAUGUCCAUGGGACAUCAAUCUCGGAUGAUAGUAUAAGUCUUAAGUGCAGUCAAAGCAUUGGAUGCACUAAUCUUGUGCUCAAUGACAUCAAUAUAACAUCUGCAAGUCGCGGGAUAGUCACUAAAUCCACCUGCUUCAAUGCUCAUGGAAAACAUGGUCCUACAAUUCCAAGUGUAGACUGUUUGUUACCCUAA